AUGUUGAAGUCCCGGCUGGAGCUCCCCAUGCAGAACCUGCCAGGCAGACCAGUUCUAGCUCGAUUGGCUGGAGUUCAAGCUCCUCUAGCUCGACAAGUCCAGGCUCUGCAAACUUGUCACCGUCCUCCUUAUCAAGGAGACAGCUUGGUAUCUUCCUCACACACGAGCAGCUCGAGCAGCGACUCCGAUGGGACUGAUCGACAGACUACUCCUUCCCCAGUUCAAGCUUUGGUUCUACUUUGA